UUUGCUUCCACGUAUUCGACGAUUUACGAUGCUACGUCCGCAUUUUGCAACGGGCUACCAUCGUUCUGAAGCACCUCCACGAAUCCCUCUCAAAACCUCUUUACUGACUGUUUCUUCUCACAGUACAGAAAACGGGUUUCAAAAACCUGACCGACAGCAAGGACUCUGUUGUUUAGCACGUGAAAUGCCCGUACAGGUCAUUCUUCGAAUACAUCGCUGCCGACCCGAUACGCAACAAGGAAUUCAUGCUUGGGAUGGAGUGCCAUUCUAGGUGGAACAUGGCAACCUGGACGGACGUAUACCCGACGGACCUGCUGCUCAAAGACGCAAAGCCGGAUCGGCCGCUGCUCGUCGACGUUGACGGUAGCAAUGGCCAUGAUCCCGAGAAGUUCUUGCUGAAGCACCCCGAAGUUUCGGGCGGGAGCCUCGUGCGAGAAGAUCUCCACGAGACCCUCGCGGAAGUAGAGGCCGCAAAUAAGGCUAUUUCGAAACAGCCGUACGACUUUUUCACGCCUCAACCCGUGAAAGGCGAUUGUGCUUACUUUAUGCAUUCUGUCCUCCACGACUGGUCAGACGAACCCGCGAUAAAAAUACUGAGGAAUAUCCCCAGCGGAAUGGAAAAUGGGUACUCCAAGCUACUGAUCAGGGAGAACCUCGUCGACAACGUCAAGCCGUCACGACGAACUACGACAUCCGAAAUGGUCAUGAUGUCCUGCGCGGCUUCGGCAGAAAGGACCGAGAAGGAGUGGCACGAGCUCGUCGGGGCGGCCGGGCUGAAGAUCGUUAAGAUUUGGAAGCAGCGCACAGCGCUGGACGGCGUUAUCGAAGUGCAUUUGGCGUAGAUGGGUACCUAAGGUAGGUAUAUAAAAGUGGGAAGACGGUCUGCGGUCCUAACGCGAAAGUUCAACUGUUGCU